AUGGCUACCGUCGCCGCACUAAGUAAUGGACGCGCUAGUUUGAUCAAACGCGUGGAGGCUUUAGUGAAUCUAUCGCAACAAGCCAGAGUCCACGAAACUGUACGAGGAGAGUUUUUUAUUCGAGCUGCGGACUUAAACCAUAUUGUUGCCCAGUUUGAGCAGCGACAGUUGCAAAUUGUCGAAUUAUGCACCACCCCUGAGGAGCUAGACGAACAAUACGAGGUGCAAUCAAGAUUUGACGAUAUGCAGUAUUCAAUUAAAUCGGUUGCAGCGGAAUUAAAUCGCGAGGCCGCGCAGUCAUCCGCACCUAGGGGCAAUUUAACAUCAAACAACGUCAAAUUGCCCAAAAUUCAAAUUCCGACGUUUGACGGUCAGAUCAAAAACUGGCCCACAUUUUAUGAUUUGUUUCGGUCGCUUAUCCACAAUAACCCAAAUCUUAGCGCAAUUGAAAAAUUUCAAUAUUUGUCGACGUCAUUGUCUCGCGAGGCGUCUACCUUCAUCAAAAAUUUGCCGAUUUCGGCGGCAAAUUAUGCUAUCGCAUUCGAUGCGCUGGUGGCGCCAAUCUAUAGUGCACCCAAAGUGAAUGGAGAUUCGCCGAGUUUGUUGCGAAAUUUGUUAAACGUGUUCUCGGAAAAUUUGGCCGCGUUGAAGCAGUACGAUGAAGUCGAUUUGUGGGACUUCACCUUGUUAAAUUUAAUGUUACAAAAACUGGACACCACGUGGAAACAGAAAUUUGAGUUGAGUAUUGUAGGAAAUUCCGUACCUGCUUACAAUGACCUCCAAGAAUUUUUGCUUAAACAUUGUACCGCGUUGGAAACUUCCGUUAUGACAAUGGGUCAUAAUUCCGCAUCCGCCCUUCGUAAACCCACAGCUGCAUCGUCCGUACCUGCUAAGCGUCCCGUGACGUCAUCGUUUGUCACGCGAUCACCGACCAGCAAGGAACAAUGUCUUAAUUGUUCGGAUGAGCACCCAUUAACGAAAUGCGAUGCUUUCUUAGAAAUGGAGCCACGGGAUAGACAUACUUUCGCGCGUAAGAAAAAUCUGUGUUAUAAUUGUUUGUCGAGGGUACAUUCGGUUAGCAAAUGCCCAUCUAAAGUAAACUGUCGAGUAUGUAAUUGUAGGCAUCACACAUUAUUACAUUUUGUCCCCAAACCUAGUGCAGAUUCGGGAGAGGCGUCAGGGGUUGUGGAAAACCCAUCUACCGACGACGGUGUUAAAGUUAUGACUAACGCGAUUCCGACCCGAAGUUUCAUUCUGCUGGCGACCGCGCGAAUAAUAGUGGUGGAUUCGCGAGGUAAAUACCGCGCAUUUAGGGCGCUUUUGGACACUGCCAGCGAGGCCACCUUCGUCACAGAGCGCUGUGCAAAGGUUUUAGGGCUUCCUCAAACUAACGCGGUGGUACCUAUUCAAGGCUUAAAUCAAAUGUCGACAAGCAGUACGUCGGGUGUAUUAAAAUGCGAAGUGAGGUCGCAUUUAGUGCGUAAUUUCUCGUUGAAGGCCGAGAUGGUAGUUGUGCCGCAAAUUUGCGGUGACGUCCCCACAAUGGCAGUGUCUCAAGAUCAGUUGAGACAAUUUCGUCACCUACGCAAUUUGGAAUUGGCUGAUCCGGAAUUCGGUACACCACAGCAGGUAGACGUUUUGUUAGGCGCUGAUGUUUACGGACAAAUCGUGACAUCCGGUUUCAAGAAAGGUAGGCUCGAGGAACCGUCCGCGUUAAAUACUGUUUUCGGUUGGGUACUGAUUGGGGGUAUUAAACGUGAUAAGCAGAAAGCCGUGGUCAGGUCGCUUUGUACGUCCAUAGAUAACUCGUUAGACGCGGCGUUAAAACGCUUUUGGCAGCUUGAGCAAGUGCCACAACGCAUUAUGGCGGCCCCGCAGGACGUUUUGUGCGAAGAAAAAUUCACGUCGACGAUUUCACGCGACAUCAAAGGGAGAUAUGUUGUUCAAUUGCCUUUCGCAGACACGUCGCCGUCUUUAGGUCGCUCGUUUGAUUCGGCGAUGCGCCGUUUCCUCGCCCUGGAGGCGCGCCUCUUUCGAGACAAGUUAGCUCGGCAAUCAUACCACGAAUUUAUGAAGGAUUACAUCGAUCAGGGUCACAUGACGGUUAUUCCCCAGAUUCAAGUAAACAAAAACGCGGGUUUCUAUAUACCUCACCAUGGCAUAGCGCGGACGGAUCCGGAUAAUGCAAAAUUUCGCGUCGUGUUCGAUGCGUCGGCCAAAUCGUCGAACGGAAAUUCGUUGAACGACGUCUUACUCGUGGGUCCUAAGUUACAGGCGGACAUUGGCGCCCUUUUGAUGGUAUUUAGAACACACAAUAUAGUUUUUACGGCCGAUAUUAGACAAAUGUAUCGGCAAAUUGCAGUGGCGGAAUCUCAACGGUUAUACCAAAAAAUUCUAUGGCGUUUUUCGCCGGAACAACCGAUCAACGAAUAUUAUUUAAAUACCGUAACAUACGGGGUGUGCUCCAGCCCCUAUCUAGCAAUCCGAACUUUGGCCCAACUCGUAAAGGACGAAGGGCACGCGUUUCCACUCGGAGCGCAGGUACUUAAGUCAUGUAUUUAUGUAGAUGAUGUGGUAGCGGGCGCAUCAUCUAUCGAGGAUGCACGCGAGACGCAAGAACAAUUAAUCAAAUUAUUGAAUAAGGGAGGCUUUGAGCUACGCAAGUGGGCGAGCAAUAUUCAAGGUCUUGUGAACUCAGUUCCCACAAGCCACCAACGGCCAUACCAAUUCCCAUUAGAGAGCCCCGGAAUGAUUAAACUAUUAGGGCUUCAGUGGUGCCCACAGGCAGACAUAUUUUCAUAUAGCAUUAAUCCCAAUAAUCGUCCGUGUACCAAACGCAACAUUCUAUCCGAAAUUGCGCGAAUCUAUGAUCCGCUAGGUUUUCUCGCACCCCUUACGUUAAUGGCUAAACAAUUAAUUCAGACAUUGUGGAGUAUCGGCAUCGGUUGGGACGAUGCACCGCCGGCUGAAAUUGUCAAUUUAUGGAAUUCCUUUCAGGCUCAAGUUCCGGAAUUGGGUAAGGUCUCAAUACCGCGUCAGUGUGCUGAUGAUGGGGCCCUUACUUCGGAACUUCAUGGUUUCGCGGACGCGUCGGAGCGGGGUUUCGGGGCCGUGGUUUACUUACGCCAAUCCCGCCCAACAGGAGAAAUUCGGGUCUCUCUAAUCGCCGGAAAAUCCCGCGUCGCUCCUUUGAAGACGGUUUCACUUCCACGUCUGGAGCUAUGCGCUGCGGUACUAGCCGCCGACUUAUUAUCAUUCGUCCGUGAAACUCUCAAGGGUGUUUUAAACAUACACAGGGUGUAUGCGUGGUCGGAUUCUAAAGUUGCGUUAACGUGGAUUAGGUCGCCGCCCUAUCGUUGGGCCACUUUUGUCGCGAAUCGGGUCGCGCACAUCCAAGAUCAGUUGGAACCGUCGGCAUGGAAUCAUGUGAGCGGGCGUGAUAACCCGGCCGACUGCGCAUCGAGGGGAUUACUCCCCCAGGAGCUUGUUACACAUCCGCUAUGGUGGGCGGGUCCCACAUGGUUGGCAGGUACUGAGUGGCCGCCACAAAUAGACUUAGAAGUUCCUACCGGUACGGAACUUGAAGCCCGGCAAAGGGUUCUCAUCAGUCGCGUGAUCGAAGAAUGGCCGAUGAUCCUAUUAAACCGAUUCUCGUCACUUCGAAAAAUUGAGGGAAUCAUCGCGUACUGUUUGCGUUUUGUUCAAAAUUUAAGAAUUCCAAAGGAGGAAAGAGAGUCGGGACCGUUACACAGGAGGGAAUUGCAUCGUGCCUUGUUAGUACUUGUGCGAAUGGUGCAAAGUAAAGUAUUUGCCAGUGAAAUUCGUUCAUUGAAAAAGAAUGGCACAUGUUCAAAACCAUUCCGCAAACUGUCCCCCUUCCUCGACGACGGUUUGAUUCGCGUCGGCGGAAGAUUGCAACAAUCGGAAUUGCCCUAUGAAGCUAAGCACCCCUUGUUAUUACCGCGAUCGCACCGUCUCACCGAACUAAUCAUAGAGGCCGCUCAUCGGACACACUUACAUGUCGGAUUCCGGACAUUACAGUAUUUGUUGUUGCGUGAAUUUUGGAUUCUGUCAAGCCGACGCGCCAUCGAACAUACCCUUCGACGAUGUAACAGAUGCUUUCGCGUAAAUCCAAAGCCAAUAACGCCGUUUAUGGGUGAACUACCGAGGCCGCGAGUAACGCAAGCAAAGGUUUUCACGCACUGUGGAGUGGACUUUGCUGGCCCUUUCUCCAUUACAAUGGGACGGCGUCGGGGUGCGGCGCGGUUGAAGGCCUACGUCUGCGUUUUCGUCUGUUUUGCGGUAAAGGCCAUCCACCUGGAAUUGGUGUCUAACUUGACUUCGGAAGGGUUUUUGGGUGCAUUACGUCGUUUAGUGGCGCGUAGAGGACAAUGUACUGACAUUUAUAGCGAUUGCGGUACAAAUUUCGUGGGCGCCAAUAAUCUGCUUCAGAAAUAUUUGCAAGCAGCGGCCGGUAGCUGCGGCAUCAAAUGGCAUUUUAACCCCCCGUCGGCCCCCCAUAUGGGAGGAUUAUGGGAGGCGGGCGUUAAAUCGUUCAAAUCGCAUCUUAAGCGCGUGGUAGGCGAGCAACUCCUAACAUUCGAAGAAUUUAGUACCGUAUUGGCGCAAAUUGAAGCCGUGUUGAAUUCGCGACCCCUGUGUCCCGUCUCCGCAGAUAACCCCGAAGAUUUGUCGGUUCUAACACCCGGGCAUUUUUUAACCACAGGACCGUUAGUGGCCGUUCCCGAUGAACCGUUGGAGGCAAUGCGGUUAAAUCGGCUAAGUAGAUGGCAGCUCGUGCAACGGUUGCACCAGGAUUUUUGGCAUAGGUGGCAACAGGGUUAUCUCCAUACAUUGCAGCAACGAAAUAAAUGGAACACGUCGAAUAACCUACCGUCGGUAGAUACGCUGGUCGUAAUCAAGGGUGAUUCGGUGGCCCCGUUGCAGUGGCAACUUGGCCGAAUUGUCGCGCUGCACCCGGGAAAAGACGGCAUAGUGCGAGUUGCACAAGUACGUACCACUAGUGAAGCUGUGCCCGCUUCCUCGUCAAUAAGGCGCCAUAGUACCGAGCAAAAGGGCCCGGUACUUGGGGUUGGCGCUGUUAUCGAACAGAGUUAUCGAGAAACCCUCAGAGAGACACGUGGUUCCUUUGUGCAUGCGGUCUACAAACCCUCAACCCAGGAGGCUGAACAAAACAAGGUAGGUGACCUUUUGAUGCCCUUUACGUCCAACACUGCCAAUAUUGCUUGCGCAUCUGUGUUACCUGAAAAAUCGAAAUUACGUCAUGAUGAAACUUACAAAGCAUUUUCAAAUUGGCAUACAUCACAAAACAUCCAAGAUAUUAAUGAAACCGUAAUGCUUGGUUAUUUUAAGGAAAGAUCCAAAGCCCUCAAGUUUCCUAGCAGUUUAUGGUGUGAAUAUGCAAUGCUGAAGCACAAAGAAGUAAAAGUAAAACCAGAAAUCACAACAAAUAGCACCCCCGCAGACCCCGCGAUGCGAGGGGGCGCAGCGUCAAAUGGGGCGCAGACCGUAACGUAA